UCUCGUGUCUUCCUGGGCAGAUGUUGCCGUCCCUCUGACUUCGUUUCUGGUCUUAUCCUUCCUCCCUGCUGCUGCUCCUCCAAGCCCAUCCUUUCAUCUCCGUCGCAAUGCCGUCUUCACCACCAUACUCGUGUCGCGGCUCGAUCUGCUGCUCCCGAGCGCAGCCACCUCGUCCCCGACCCCGAGCUCCCCUGCCUUCUUUUCCCCGUCAUCUCCGUGUUCCCUUCUUCUCUAUUUCACCCGUUUACUCACAUCUCCCUCUAUCUCUCUUGCUUUCUAUUACAGGGAGGCCGCCAUGGACGCCUAGGUCCUCCACUCCAAGCCUCCGACCCACACCCCGGCGGCCCUGCCGACGUCGACGCCUAGGAAGACCACCAUGCUCGCUGCAGGAGCUUCGAGCCGACCCCGCAGCAUGUAGACCUCCGCCGCCCGUCCGUCGUGGGGAAUCACCAGAUCCGGCCGGUAUCCGACCUGCCUCGCCAUCCUUCGCCCGUUCCCGGCGUAUCCCCGACGCCAGGAGCUCAGGCGAGCGCCGCCACAAGACUCUGCCUCCUCUGCUCCGGAGCCCGCCAUGGAGGUCGUCGCCUCUCCGCCUCGAUCUGUCCACUGCCAGAUCCAUGCUGCUGUCCUCCUGGGAUCCUCAUAUGGAGGCAAAAAGGCGGAAUGGACGGUUCGUCGACUUGUGACGGCGACGGGUUUUACUGGAGCGGAGGCGCAUUUCCUUUUCGUCCUCUUCGCUCGUGGGAAGGCGCAGCAGGUCGGAGGAGGAAGCCGUGAGAAGUUGGCGAGAGAGGAGAUGGGGAAGGGCGGCGAGCUGUGGGACGACUCGGCGCUGGUGGACGCCUUCGACCACGCUGUCGCCACCUACAAGGCAAUGCAUGGCAAGAACAACCAAGCUGCUCCAUCUGAGAAACCAGAGUCAGAAGAUGUAGCUGCUGCUGCCGCUUCUGCUGCCGCGUACGCUGCCGCUGCUGUUGCAGAAGAACCUGUCUCUACUGAAGUGGCAGAUGAGCAAACAGAGAAAAAUGACAGCUGCACUAACUUACCCGUUGGCCCAGUGGAGACACCACAGCAGCCCUGCGAAGAAAGAAAGACCGAUAAGCAAGCUCCUCUUCGAGGAACUGAUCUGGGCAAAGAGACAAAUAUCUCUGAAUCUAAGACAUGCUUCUCUGAUGUCACCAAUACUGAGGGAAAGGAUAGCUCAAACCAGCAGACAGAGGACUACAAUGAAUUACUGAGGAAGUACUAUGAACUUGAGGUGCAAAGCCAGAAAGUUCUUGAGCAAUUACAUCAGACAAAUUAUUGGAAUUAUCAAACCCCUGAACAAUCUUCAGCAUAUCAACAGCAGCAAGUUCCUGCUUACAUUGCCACAGCACCAGACCCAAACUCUUCAACCACUCAAACCUCAUGCUGCUCCUUGAAUGUUCCCAUGGUUUCAAUCUCCUGCUGUUCAACUGGUCAACAAAGUGGCGAAUCCACUGGUAUGCCACCUAAUGGAGGCUGCAGCAUAUCAUUCACUUGUGAUCAUUGCCCUGGAGCAAGCACUACAUAUCCUACUGGUUCAGCCUUUACGCAGCUCCCAACUAAGGUAUCUACUGGCGAUGAUCAAGUUGCUAAGGCUGCAAUGAUGACUGCUGAAGGUGCCAUGAAUUUCAUGAGAAAUACAAUAUCUGGAGAUGCUGCCUCCUUUCCAAAUAUGAGAAAUGAAGGUGGAAUUGGAAAGGAGAAUAACACAACUGUGGGCAUGAACCUGAAUUUAGACACCACAGGAGCAAACAGUGAUCUCGCUGUCGUACUGAAUGCAUGGUAUACAGCAGGGUUCUACACUGGCAGGUACCUCAUGCAGCAAUCGAUGAAAAAUCCCCGAGAAAAUUGAGUGCCAAAAGCCAUAUAGUGGCUCACCAAGGAUCCCUUUCACUUCGGGAAGAACUGAAAUAUGCACUCAAAUUAUGAUGUAACUGAACAUGCUGAUGGAAUUCUGCAACCACUGUUUUAUGCCAGCCAGUACUUUUUCAAGCAAGUGUUAGGGUAUUCUUACAUAUGAAUAUGAAUUUGCUGUAAUUUGCAGUAAAUGCUUGUCUGGAUAGGUAAGGAUUAGCUCAAUCCCUUCAGAUUGGCAGGAAUUGUUGCCUGCCUAUUCAACUAAGUUCCAAGUGGGUAAAGAUGACGCGUUCAUGACCUUGUCGCUCAAAAUUUGUGAAAUACUACCCAGUAUCAAUAUAUAUUAGCUUAAUCCA